GCCCAAAUAAUUAAAACCCUAGCCCUAAUUUCCCUAACUUUCCCUCCAAAAUCCUCGAAGAUUUCCCCAGUUUUCUACGAAUCGGGCGAAGAUGUUGGAGCUACGUUUGGUGCAGGGGAGUCUCUUGAAGAAGGUUCUGGAAUCAAUCAAGGAGCUAGUAACCGAUGCCAACUUCGACUGCUCCGCAACCGGUUUCUCGCUGCAGGCUAUGGAUUCCAGCCACGUGGCGCUGGUGGCGCUGCUGCUCCGUUCGGAGGGAUUCGAGCACUACCGCUGCGACCGAAACAUCUCCAUGGGGAUGAACCUCAACAACAUGGCUAAAAUGCUCAAGUGCGCCGGAAACGACGAUAUCAUCACUUUGAAGGCCGACGACGGCAGCGACACGGUCACCUUCAUGUUUGAAAGCCCCACACAAGAUAAGAUCUCAGAUUUUGAGAUGAAGCUCAUGGACAUUGACAGUGAGCAUCUAGGAAUACCAGAAGCUGAGUACCAUGCUAUAGUUCGCAUGCCAUCUGCUGAGUUUGCUAGAAUUUGUAAAGAUCUUAGUAGCAUUGGCGACACAGUUGUCAUCUCUGUUACAAAGGAAGGUGUGAAAUUCUCAUCCAGAGGUGAUAUUGGAACUGCAAACAUUGUAUGUAGGCAAAACACCACAGUUGACAAGCCAGAAGAUGCCACUGUGAUUGAGAUGAAUGAGCCUGUCUCUCUCACAUUUGCUCUUAGGUAUCUCAACUCCUUCACUAAGGCUACCCCAUUGUCGAGCACUGUCACCUUAAGUUUGUCCUCAGAGCUUCCUGUGGUGGUUGAGUACAAGAUUGCAGAGAUGGGCUACAUAAGGUUCUACUUGGCCCCCAAGAUUGAGGAGGAUGAGGAAGAGAUGAAGCCUUGAUCUCAUUACAAACUGACUUUGAUAUUGUUCAAAGCUAAUUCACAAGACUCAUUUAGUAUAUAUGUUUUCUGUUCAGGAUUUGUUACUCAUUGCGUUGGAUCUUGUUACUUGAUUUCUUAUUGUUGUUAAUGGUUAGAUAUUUGCACCUCUUUUUGUGGUUGA